AUGAUCGGGAUUUCCUUUCUGGCGGUGCUCUGUUUCACGAUUACUGCAAAUUGCAAGAUUCACAAGGUUAAUGUCACUCUUCAAACUAGCUGGGUCCGCACACCAGCAGUCGCCGAAAUCAGCGAAUAUUUGGCCGAUUGGUCAUUGGAGAGCUUUUGGAAAUUUGUGAACCAACUAGAACCUCUUUCGUAUGAGCGCAGUGCUAAUGCUCCUCUGUCUCCUGAAUUGGAUUUUGAGACGUACUUGAAGUUGGAAGAUCUGGUUCUUCGGGCUCUACAGGGAGUAAGGGACGGAAGUACGCUUACCGUAACAUAUCGCCAAAUCUUUCGUCUCUUCUUUUCCUCGCGAUCCUAUUCUCCAGCUGUGGAAAUGUCACAUCAGGUCGCAAUGGCUAGGGCCUCUCAGCUUUUGAAUGUGUCUCUUUUGGAGGUGGAGGAUCAUCUGCACCGAUGCACUACUACCGGCAGCACAUGGGCGCAAGUCGGCGACCAAAUCUUGUGCCAUCCCGAAGAGAUUUUCCCCUUGUUAGAAGCUUAUGUAGCCAAACCCCUUUUUCACGAUUUCUUGCCUCGUGAGAAACUUUAUGGACCCAAGACUGCCCUUGGAAACAACUUGCCAACAGUCAUAAUUUACGGGGAUCUGAGCCAGCGUGAUUUUUAUACAUGGCACAAACUACUCAAAUCUUUCAGCGAAACAGGACUGUGUAUCUACGCAUUCAGACAUUAUUUCAAAGAACGGCCACACGUAAGGAGUAAGCUAGUCGGUUACGGUGUGGAAUUGGCGUUGAAAAGCAUGGAGUACAAGGCUAUGGAUGAUGCGAAAGUUGAAGCCACCGCUACCGAAUCGACAACAAACGAGCCUCCAGAGGAAUCCGUCGUCCAGGGUUUCAACUUUACCCAACUGGAAAAGCUGCACCCAGAACUCACUUCGGAGUUGAAAGCCUUCCGCGAUCAUCUGGUGACCACAGAUGACGAACUGCACCCCAUUAAAGCGUGGCAGUUCCGCGAUUUUGGUUUCCAGGCUAGCCAAGCCGUGGUCAAUGCUGCGCACCAGUCAUCCGAGGACACCCCAAUCACCGAAAUAAAUCAGACCCACUCAGGUCUGGUAGCGCUCAGGGAUAUCAGUCAAAAUCUUCCAUCGCGCGCUAGCCGCCUUAUAUCCACCACUGUCUCUUCGACGCUGCGUGACGAGGUAGCGGCAAACCAGAUGUUAUUAAAAGCCAUCGGCAUCAAUCCUGGCCAAAGUGUCCUAUUUGUCAAUGGACUCCUUUUGUCGCCGUCGGUGGACGUCUUUGCCUUGUUGGAUGUACUUCGGGAAGAGUCGAAGAUCAUGUCUCGUCUCCACAAUCUCGGCAUCCCUGGCGAGAAAAUAUCCGAUCUGCUUAUUCCUUCUGGUACCUCAGGACAACUACAAUCUGGCGAGACCAGUAGUGUCCCCGGCAUGAAACACAGUUUAUCCGGGCGCUUCGCGUUAGACAUAUCCAGCAGCCCCAUCCUGUACAUCAACAACCUGGAGGCGGAUCCGGCGUACGCGUAUUGGCCAGAUCUCAUGCGCGGUCUGUUUGUACCAGACUUUUUGGGUGGAAUUCCCCGUAUUCGGAAGAAUCUGUACCACGUGGUACUAGUGGUGGAUCCGGCCUCGCCAAACUGUAUCGAAAUAAUCCGAUUAACGGAGUCAUUUCUACUACACAAGGUUGCAGUUAGGUUUGGUUUUCUAUGGUCCAUUGACCCAUCGAUCAACUCUCCCAGUCUAAUGCUGGUACGCAUAUUCAACUACAUAUCCUCCUCCAUCAGUCAUGCUAGUGAAUCCCCUUUGCCCACCAGCGUUCCUGGUCUAGGAUCUCCCGGCGCAAUGGCGGCCUUAUCAUUUCUCACUGAGCUGUACUCAGAGAUGGAACAGACUGGAGGAUCUCUAACAAUGGAGUUCAUUCAGCGACGUUUCGAAAAACUGUUUCCAAAUGCUUACGUGGAGGAUAUCACGUCCCCAAAUCCAGGCGAAAGCGACUAUGAUACUGAACUCAAGCUUCAUGAAGCAUUUCUACGCCGUUCUGGACUAUACUCUGUCGACAAAAGCACGCCACUGAUACUUUUCAACGGUGUCAUUUUCGACGUAGCAGGUAUGCGCAAAAUGGGUGGAUUCGAAGACUCUGUGGUCAAUUUGUGCCUGGAGGAAUUAGUACGCGUCCAGCACGCUGUGUACCACGGCCAAAUGACCGGUACCGAGUCCGUCUUCACUUUGUAUGAAAAAGGUGGAUCAUUGGUCUCGCGAUUCAACGCUCGGGUUCUUUCACUGUCAAACCCUGUCGAUUCGAACCAUCCGACUUUUGUGGAUUUCGGCCUCGACGAACUGGCCUGGCCGAAGACUGGUACCGAUCCGAGUCCUACCGAAUUGCUAACCUAUUUUGUCGAUCACAUGCGCUACUUUCAAAAAGGAGACUUGGAAGCUGCUUUAAGACCGGUGACUAUCUGGGUUGUCAUCGGUGACCUGGAUCACAUCUCCACAUCAGUCGACCCUAAUCGGAGAGAGGAGCUAAGGCGCCAUUUCGCGCUUGCGGAUGCUGCGAUUAGCUACCUACGAUCAGCCCAAUCGUCAAAGGGUCUACGAAUCGGUUUCGUAUUCAACCCACCGUCAGACGAGCCUACUCAAUCCAUAGCAACCGGAGAUUUGUGGGUCACGCGCGCCCUCCAUCUCCUCGGACAUCCUUCUCGAGUACCAGCUCCUAAGGGUUCACAUCGGCUCUCGGACCCGCUGAUCAAGUACGCAGAGCAAAUGCCGGCUCGCAAUUUCGCUUUUCGUUUGUUGAGAGAUGCCUUGGAUGUUCUGAAUGGCAGUGCAGUGUAUGCUCACCUAUCCCAGCUAUCUGUCUCAGGUGUCAAUGUGAAGUCACUGGAGCAGGUUGUUCAAGGUGUUGAUCGGGCCGAAUUUCUUCGUCUCCAUGCAAACUUUUCCCGCCAUGUUCUCGGUCUGAAGCCAGGUGAACGUGCUAUUGUGGCUAACGGACGGAUCAUUGGUCCCCUUUCUCCGGAAGAGGAGUUUAGCAUCGAUGACUUUCGCCUCAUCGAACGGAUCGCUCUAGAUUCUGGGGCUGUACAGCUGGCUGACACGCUGUUGGAGCUGGUCGGCGACGAAUUGGGGGGUCCGGAUGCGGUCUCCGAGUUGGUCUGGCAAAUGUCGCCUAUUCUGAACUCAAAGAAACAGACACAGACAUCUUCUGUCACUGAUAUGGAUGCUGUUGAGGGUGUUCUGUCCAGGUCUCGAUCUCGUUUGGAUGGCCUAAAUUUUGCACACAGUGGUUUCCAGAUUCCCGCCGAACCUGGCCCACCUUCAUUCACAGUGCUUGCAAUUGUCAAUCCAGCGUCCAGAGACACCCAACGCCUCUCUCACGUUUUGAUUGUGCUGCAUCAGGCCAUCUCCUGUUCAUUCAAAGUAUUGCUGAACCCGACCCCCUCGCUGUCGGAAUUACCGGUGAAAAACUUUUAUCGUUUUGUCUGGGAACCGUCUCCUUUUGCAUUCAAAUCCUCUGGGGGCGUGGAGGUCGUUUCCGAAGAUCCCGUGAUUCCUCACGCUUUCUUUACUCAUUUGCCUGGCCAGCCGCUUCUCACAUUGGGUAUGGAUGCCCCACACGGUUGGAUGGUCGCUGCAGUGGAGGCUGUCUACGAUUUGGACAAUCUUCGUCUAGCUGACAUUCAUAGUACUGUGGAGGCUGUCUUCGAAUUGGAGUAUCUACUCCUCGAGGGACACUGCUUUGAGGAGGAAAGUAUGAAACCUCCACGUGGCCUUCAGCUCACAUUGGGCCCGUCCACUGCUUUGGAUCGAUAUGACACUAUUGUGAUGGCCAAUUUGGGUUAUUUCCAACUGAAAGCUGGCCCGGGUGCUUGGUAUCUAAAUAUCAGGUCUGGUCGUUCCAGGGACUUUUACACAUUCUCUGAUGAACAAACCGAGUCACGUCUCAACUCGCAUGAGCUAAUAACCAAUAUCGAUAGUUUUCGCUCAAAGAUCAUCACGGUGCGGGUUAAAAAGCGUCCCGAACGCGCCGGUGAAAACCUCUUGGAUGAGUCUAUUUCCACAUCGACAGAGACCAAAGCGGGUUCCUCAAGCUGGUCACAUAAACACGGCGACGUUUGGUCCACGCUGUCAAACUACGCUGAGAAUCUGUCACCCUCUUGGCUCACAAGCCUCCGGGCAUCUCUCCGUGCACACUUGCCUUGGCAAACAUGCCCACCCAGACAAGAGGUUAUAAAUGUUUUCUCCUUGGCAUCUGGUCACCUAUACGAACGGCUGCUCCGCAUCAUGAUGCUCACAGUUCUUCGCCACACCAAAUCACCGGUGAAAUUUUGGUUUCUAAAGAAUUAUUUAUCCCCGACAUUCAAGGAUUUCAUUCCUCACAUGGCCAAAGAGUACGGAUUCGACUACGAACUGGUCCAAUAUCAAUGGCCUCGAUGGUUACACGCUCAAACGGAGAAGCAGCGCAUUAUUUGGGGUUACAAGAUUUUGUUUUUGGACGUUCUUUUCCCACUCAAUGUGACGAAAAUCAUUUUCGUUGACGCGGAUCAGAUCGUCCGUGCUGACUUACAAGAGCUUGCAGAUUUGGAUCUACAAGGUGCCCCUUACGGGUACACACCAUUCUGCGAUUCGCGUAGGGAGAUGGACGGUUUCCGUUUCUGGAAACAGGGCUAUUGGGCCAAUCAUCUGAGCGGACGACCGUACCACAUCUCUGCUCUGUAUGUGGUAGAUUUGACACGAUUUCGACAGCUUGCCGCUGGUGAUCGCUUGCGUGGACAGUACCACGGAUUGAGUCAAGAUCCUCAUAGUUUGUCUAACUUGGAUCAAGAUUUGCCAAACAAUAUGAUCCAUCAAGUUCCUAUCAAAUCUCUUCCUCAAGAAUGGCUUUGGUGCGAGACGUGGUGUUCUGACGAGAGCAAAAGUCGCGCAAAAACCAUUGAUUUGUGCAACAAUCCGCUGACCAAGGAGCCAAAACUCUCUGCUGCAAUGCGUAUUGCUCCUGAAUGGGUCGAUUAUGAUCAGGAAAUUAAACAAUUGUGGAAACGCGUCUAUCCUCCGGCGCCGCGGACACCCCAGACACCUGCUGCCCCAGCUGUUCCUGAGGUUCCGAAACAGCAAGCGGCUGCGAAGACGGUGCCCGAAUCAAGCGGACAGUGCACCGAUAACUCACAGUCGACCUGUCCAUUUUCAGCGCCCUCCCUGGGUCGUGUUCCCCUUCAGCAGACGAACGCUGAUCAAAACGAAGAGAAAUCAGAGCUAUAGACAAGGGCAUGAGGCGCUGUUUGUGCUCACUCUUGUCAGUGUGAUAUGUGUAUAUUCGUUCAAAACCCCUAUUCGCGUGAAUUACAGUUGAUCACACUUGAUUUUUUCACCCUUACGUGACCAUCCCUUCGUUUCUUCCCCUACGUGUUCUUUCCUAUCGUAUUUGUUUCCCUCCGUUUCACAUCACUGAGUGGGGGUACCCUUCGCCCCAACGUGUUUAUGUGCGUAACGUGGACAAAUAUGCCCUUUUAUUUGCUGUUACUGAUCUGCUCUCGCAUCCCCCCGCGACACCGGUCGAACUUGUAUCCUCGCAAAAUUUCAUACAUUUUAUAUUUGUAUGCCG